UUACCAAUCAGCAGUCGAGGCUCUCAAUUCGAACGGCAACUCUCGGAGGACGGAGGCUGCGAUAAAAAUUGAUUAUUUUGUUUCCUCAUUUUAAGCGCUAAAUGCGUUUUUUGCUCGAGUGGUAUCAUAUAAACGGAUUGUGUUGGUGAUUUAAAUAUUUAUUCCGAUCCCGAGUCAUGGUGAGAGAACGGACCCAGAAGAAGUCCUUCCAGCAAAGUCUGGAGGACAUCAAGGUGAAAAUGAAGGAGAAGAGGAACAAACGUCUGGCCAGUGCCUCAGCCCCCAGCGGAGGCCGGUCGAGGAUGAUAAACAAAACAAGUGGAAGUGCCUCCACGCACACCAUCCUGAUAGGUGUGCAGAUGAACAACAAGGCGCUGGCUGUGGCCUUGCAGGCUGAAAAAGAGAAAGUGAGGCAGGCUAAUGCAGUGAUCCUGCAGCUGAAAAGAGAGCAGCAGGCACUCUUCCUUCACCUGCUUCUGCUCAAGAGAAAGUUGAAAGAGCAGGAGGCUCUGGCAGCGAGCGCUUCAGAGACUAAACCUUCUACUGAUGCCAAGCAAAACAUGCAUUCAGUUAGGAGAAAGCGGGCCAGCCAGAAACUGGACCACAUCAUCUGUGAAUCUUCACCAGCUUGUGCAGAUCCUCAGCUCUCUAACAAGAAUGGGGAUCUUCAGUGUGAAAAACAGACGACCUUGCCAUCUACAGUAGGAGUGCGGCGUCAGCGUACAGAUAAAAACAGGAGGAGGUCUGAACGUUUGCAAGAACAGAGGAUUCUGGGUGAGGAAGGUCAGGUUGGUGGCUUUGGGUCUUGGAUCCCAAGUCCUAUUCGCAGUGACAGUGAAAAUCUCAAUCAAAUGCAAAAAUUAGAAGAACCAGAGAUGGCAGAUCCAGGUUUCACUGAGGAGUUACAGCACUCUACUCCUGAACCAGUGCCACCCAAAAAAAGCAGACAACAGGUCGCCAGGAAGCAGACCCAGCAACAGCAGCAGCUGUCCUCCAAACCAGAACAGGUUUCACGAAAACCCGAGAGAGGUCGCAAACCAGAGCGUGCCCCAUUAAAGAAACCAUGGGAGAAUACCAAACCCAGAACCAGGUCAAAGAGUCGGGACCGAUCAGCCACACGGGCCAAAACGGCACCUCCAGCACAGGGCAAUAAACUCAACACUUCACUGGGAUUUAAUGACACAUUUGACUUUGACUGUGAAGAAACCGUCCACGUCACGCCGUUCAGGGCCAAGGCUGAGGACAAUCAGCGAAUCACACCUUUGAGUGAGGAGGCUCAAGAAACAGGACAGGCCCAGGCUGAAGCUUCACCUGUGAUUUCCAAGCACAGUGAAUCCAGCUCUUCAUCUCCGUCUUCUGAAUCAGAAGACAGCCUUUAUGUUCCUCACAAGACCAGACAGAGACCAGGUUCUCCUAACAAGACCAAGGGCAUCACCACUCGUAGAGGCCGGCUCUCCAGUGCAGUCAGAAAGACGGAAAACAUCCCUCCUAAACCAGAGAUCACUGUCUUCAGAGAUGAAGAGGCAAGUCCCAAGACUACAGGCUCUGAAGAGGCAGCAGGUUGCCUCCAUCAGUCACCUGAUUUUAGCUGUUCUAACAGUCCUGACCCUGUAAAGAUGGAACAGGAUAAUUAUCAAGAGGCUCGUGGGGAGGGAAUGGAGAAUGAUUGUUUGCUUCCUGUCAGCCCUCUGAUUGAAGCUGAGAUGAUGAGAAUAGACAAUGUCCUGUCCAAUUUUGGAGAUUCCUCCGGUGAAGCUCCACUGCUUUUACCCCACCAAACUCCAAAGAGGCUCAAAUCAUGCAAGAAACGUGGGCUUGGUGUAAGGCCAGCAGGGCGGGGCUUGAGUCUAUGUGAUGUGACCAAUCUGUCCCCUGCAGCCUAUCGCAAAUUUUCCUGUGGAGGCUCGUCUGAUUCUCGAUGCUCCACCCCCGUUCCUAUCCGCAAGCGGCGCUGCACCAUGGCGGUCAACUACAAGGAGCCCUCGUUGCACGCGAAACUUCGGCGGGGAGACAAGUUCACAGACGUGCAGUUCCUCCGCUCUCCAAUUUUCAAGCAGAAGUCUGGCAGGAGGUCUGUGCAGAAACCAAGGAAUUCAAGAAGUGGGCAUCAGCCAUUUGAAAAGUACAAUGAGUCUUUUGUUGGGUGUCGCUGAAAGUUGUUGCCUGACUUUGAAGUUGGUUUUUUUUCCCCAUUACUGUCAGUGAGAUUUCUUUGUGAUAAAGAACUACUGUGAUAAUUUUUAUAUAUUUGUUUAUGUUUAUGUAUCUUUUAAGCUUUCAUUUCUGUUAUCUGUCUUUAGGUGAAUGUAGUAUUAGCCUUCUCAGAUUUGCUCAUUUUGCCAUUUGCCAAUUUUAAAUUGUUUAAAUUUUGCAUUUUAACAUUUUAAAUUGUUUAUUAUGAAUUCUUUAAGAAGUUUAUGUUUGUAAUUCUGCUUAAUUUUCUUCUACUGUAUGAUAAUAAACUUCAUAUAAGCGUUUACACAUCA